UCGCUGGUUCUCUCAAACCCCCCUGCCAAUCAAAAUUUACGGAGACUUCUUUCGAUCCCUAUCUUCCUCCCUCUCCGUCUUCCUCUCCGCCUCGAUGGCGCUCCUCCCUCAUCAUUUCCCCUCAGUCACCCUCCACCGCCACUGCUACCAUCCCCAGCCUCCCUCCCCCAAUCUCAAUCCUCUCAAAAAUUCCUCCUUUCUUCCAUCCAAAUCGACUUUAUCUAAUUCGAAGCUGUUUCGCCAAGUCAAAACCCAAACUUUUGCCGUCCGCUGCUCCUCCUCGUCCUCUGACCACCCAGUCUCUAGUGACCUCGUGGAGCUGCCUCUAUUUCCCCUUCCUCUCGUCCUCUUCCCUGGUGCCGUCCUUCCACUCCAGAUCUUCGAGUUCCGCUACCGCAUCAUGAUGCACACCCUGCUUCAGACUGACCUCCGAUUCGGUGUCAUAUUCUCCGACGGUGGUUCCGUUUCUGAUGUUGGCUGUGUAGGUGAAAUCGUCAAGCACGAGCGUCUCGUAGACGACCGGUUCUUCCUCAUUUGCAAGGGCCAGGAGCGCUUCCGCGUUUCCCGCGUCCUCCGCUCGAAACCCUACCUUGUUGCCGAGGUUGCCUGGCUCGAGGACCGACCACCACCGCGUCCAUCUGAGGGUGAGGACCUCGAGGUCCUUGCCUCUGAGGUCGAGAACUACAUGCGCGACGUCAUCCGCAUCUCCAACCGCCUCAACGGCAAACCCGAGAAGGAGGGCACGAUGGAUCUGAGACGUAAUUUAUUCCCCACGCCCUUCUCGUUCUUUGUGGGAAGCACCUUCGAAGGAGCGCCAAGGGAGCAGCAGGCGCUGCUGGAGCUCGAGGACACCGGCGCCAGACUUCGCAGGGAGCGGGACACGCUUCGGAACACCCUCAAUUACCUAACCGCUGCCUCAGCUGUCAAGGAUGCCUUUUCACCGUCGAACUCUUCUUGACGAGCGUUAUGCUAGGACUCCGAUGGAAGAGGCGAAUAGGCAAUGAGACAAACACUUUAUAGGCAAGAUAUGUUUCUCCUUUUUUUUUCCCCUUUCCUUCCCUCUAUUCUCGCAUCCUUUAUUUACUUUCAUCUUUUGUAUAUUAUGACAUGUAACAAUGAUGAAUCCAAAUUCGGAUUAAUCUUCUUCUUU